AUGGGGCCGUUCGCAUUGCCCCCUUGGCUAAUUUACGUUUUUGGUCCCAUUGGAGCUAGCCGCGGGCUAUCACGGAGACAGACACAGGUUUAUCGCGCAAAGCUCAAUGUUGUGAACGAGGCCGUCUACGACUGGUGGUAUCUUGACGCUGUGUCAGACGAUGGAAGCUCUUCCAUAACCAUCUGCUUCUCUACAAGCCCCUCUACUACAUUCCCUUUCCUAGUGCCGAACAGGGGAACACUACUGGUCUAUAUAUGGGCCUCAUUCCCCAGUGGGAAGGUGUCGAUAAAUGCAGUUCAUGCACAAAAAGCGGUUAUUGAAACAUCCAAGGAUGGGUAUGCAAGUAUUUACCUCCCCGUGCAAAUGGGAUGGCAAGGGUCUGCAGAUUUUUCACGGUACCGUAUAUUUUUCAACAACCCAAAGCAUGGAAUCAAAGGCACCGUCGAUAUCAGAUCCGUAUGUCAUCCAUCCUCAGGUCGUGGCGCCGCGUCUCGGGAUGUGGAUGUGCAAGUUUGUCCACAUGUUGGGUGGGCCAACGCCAUACCCGACGGCAAUGCAUCGGUUGAUAUGGCAAUUGCAGGGUCGAGCCUCCGGUUUCAUGGUACUGCAUAUCAUGACAAGGUAAGUGUGCUGUGUAAAGCCACUGCAGCCCCAAACAUUUUGUUUAACGUCUACUGCGGACGCACUCGCAUUGGGUUGUACUCAGUCUUUUGGUCCUACGUGGUGACUCCUCAGCAAACCAAGCACGUUAGUGCCUACGUUGCUGUCAAUGGAAAGAUACGACAUGCCGCUUGUUUCGUAGUUAAAUAUACUGCUUCUGGGGGAAACUCGCCUUUGGUCAAUAUAUCCGUUUAUAAUAGCCUGGUAAUCACAUCGGCUGGCCCAUCGUAUACACACGGUGGAUUGGAAACUCAACCGGAUGUAUUAUGGGAAAUUUUCGGCUUCAAGGACUCGGGACGUUCGAACAACUCCAGUUAUAAUUCCAGCAACGUGGUAACUUUGUUGUUUAUCCUUCCCACCAAGUUGUCGGGUCUACGUGUUAAAACUUUGUUCGUUUCCAAUUAUCUUUGUCGAACCAAAAAUAGUUAA